AUGAAAUCGGUCGGUUCCGGCACUUUCAUCACUCUUGGACCUCUCGGUGAAGCAAAACCAACGAGUUCCUCGAUGAUCAAAAGUAUGAUUCUUCGAAGAGGAUUUUUCAGAAAAUGGAACAGCCUCCCAAGGAUCGUAAGAACGACAUGCCUUCCGGUGCUGGGAAUGUUGUUCUGUGUCGGCUUCAUCCUGGUCAUAUGGAGUUCCCGCCCUUCUCUGGAGGAUGAACCCGUGUUCAUAAAGUCUGUAACCAAAGGAGCUAAGGUACCAGAUGUCAUGAAUGUGGUCCCUGCAUGGAACGACGAUAAGACUGCCGACUAUCAAGCUGAACAUGGCCAGAUUUUGCCCCCGAGACCGCCGUUACCGAAUGCCCUAGUUGAAGAACGAAUCCCUGCUGAAAAAGAUAUUCCUGCGGAAGUGAAAGUUGAUGACAAAAGCUCCUAUGACCACGAAGCUUUCCGUAAAGAGCAUUUCCCGUUGGGUGUUUCCUUUUCCGGACCUCGCAAUGGAAGGCAGAAGGCUGUUGUUGAAUCUUUCUUGCACGCGUGGAAAAAUUACAAGACGUACGCUUGGGGUCAAGAUCACUUGAAACCGAUUUCAAAGUCUUACGCAAAUUGGUUCGGUCUAGGCCUCACGAUUGUUGAUUCACUGGAUACCCUGUACAUAAUGAAUUUAUUGGAUGAAUUCAAAGAAGCUAGGGAUUGGAUCCGGGAUAGCUUGGUUAUUGGCGUGAAAAAAGAAGUCAAUUUGUUUGAAACCACAAUUCGAGUGAUGGGAGGUUUGCUUUCUGCGUUUCAUCUGUCAAGAGAUGACGUAUUUUUAACUAAAGCCGUGAGUUGUCUAGACAUUUUCUUCGAAUUUAAAAAAAUACUAACUAAUAAUUUUUAUUGCGAAAUACAGGAAGACUUGGGUGAACGUUUAUUCGUAGCUUUUAACUCUCCGUCUGGAAUUCCUUACUCGGACGUCAACUUGUUCUUGAGGACUGCGAAGUCACCUGCCUGGAGUCCUGAUAGUUCCACGUCAGAAGUUACCACCGUUCAGCUGGAAUUUCGGGAUCUGUCUCGAAUUACUGGUAACCCGAAGUUUGAGAUUGCCGCAGCUAAAGUAAACGAAAUAAUCCAUGAUAUACCUAAACCCGACGGUUUAGUUCCGAUUUAUAUCAGUCCACGAACCGGGAGAUUUCGUCCGCGUUCGACGAAAACUCUGGGUGCACGAGGAGAUUCGUACUACGAAUAUUUAUUGAAGCAGUGGAUUCAGACGGGAAAAACUAAAGACUAUUUGCUGAAAGAUUUCGAGGAAGCUAUGGAUGGUGUGAUCACUCAUCUAGUCAGACGAACUGCGUCAAAGAAGCUUAUGUUCAUCGGGGAAAUUCGGGACGAUAGAAGCUUCAACCCGAAGAUGGUGAUUUCCUUGAAUUCGUUGGAUCAUCUGACCUGUUAUUUGCCUGGAACCAUAAUGUAUGGCAUACACCAUGGUUUAUCCAAGAGAUUCCUCGAAUUUGCUGAGGAAAUAAUGUACACGUGCUAUCAGACAUAUGUUAUGAAUCCUUCAUUUCUGGCUGCGGAAUUGACUCAUUUCAAUGUUGAGACAAGUCCACGUGAAGAUAUGUAUGUGAAUAUUAACGAUUCGCAUAAUUUGUUGCGACCGGAAACUAUUGAAAGCUUGUUCUACAUGUACUAUUUCACGGGAAAUACGACGUACCAAGAGUGGGGCUGGGAAAUAUAUCAGGCAUUCGAGAAAUACGCCAGGGUGACUGACGGGUAUUCAAGCAUCGGCAAUGUUCGUAACAUUGCGACGAUGCGACAUCUCGACAUGAUGGAAUCCUUCUUUUUGGGCGAGACGUUGAAAUACUUCUACCUGUUGUUCGGGGAAGACGCGUUGAACGGGAGUCCAGAUUUGAGCAUGGACGACUGGGUCAUAAAUACCGAAGCACAUCCUUUACCAAUUUACAAUAAUUAA